GCCAUUAUGAAACUUUCCCUCAAGGCAGCGACGUAGUUCUGUUUGUAGUGUUUCUCCCUAAAUGCAAGAUUAACGUACAUAAAUCUAGCUUCCAAUAGAUAAUUUUUUAAACAGUAUUUAGAUUAGAACAAGCUCCAAGUGUCGUGUAUUAGUUUUAUGUAUAAACUUAUAAGGUCUUCUAGUAAUCCUGGGAUACAGUUAAAAAGUUUUUCUUAAUAACAUAAGUUAUCACUUGAUUCACGAAUACCAUUAUGAAUAGAAAAAGUGUAAAAACAUAUGCCACAAAAAGAACUCCGUUAAAAGCUAGUACUAGAAGUACUAAUAUUCUUAAAGAACCUACAGAAGUAACUCCUUCAAAAAACAGAAAUAAUGAAGUUGAAUCAAAAACAAAAUCUGUGGGUCCCAAAAGAAGAUCUCUUCGCCUUAAUCAAGACCAAGCUAAAGAAAAUAGGGAACAUAAAAAGAAAGAUCAAGAAAACAUAGACAUUAAAAAGAAGGGAAAGAAAGAUGAAAAAGCCGUUGUGAAAGAAGUGCCAGAAAAGGAUUCAUUAGCCAAUAUUAGUUGUAACACCUGUUUGAAAACCUUCAAGUCACCAGCAGGUUUAAAAAUUCAUUCUAAGAAGUGUAUCGACAAGGCUAAUGACACUGAAAUCAAAAAUGAAGAUUUAAAAAUUAAUUCAGUACCAUCUGAACAGGAGGAUCUUGAUUCUGGAGCAAAAGAUAACACAAAUAUUGUCCCUACACCAGAUAAUAAUGUAUUUGUUCGAGCCGAGUGUCAUUGCUGUGGGGAAGAUGCCGAAACUGCUCAUAGUGUUGGUGAUUUUGAAUGUCACAAUUGCAAGAAACUUUUCCGCCUCAAGGCAUCUCUUGAGAGGCACAUACGUGUUAUCCAUGGAGGUGAAAGUCAUGAAUGUCCUCAAUGUGGUGCCAAGUGUCCUGACAAGGGUACAUUGGCCAGGCACAUGUAUACUCACACAGGAUUCAAGCCUUACUCCUGCCCCGUUUGUAAACAAGAAUUUUCUAGAAAGUAUCAUUUGGUAAGGCAUAACAUGCAAACUGGAUGUGAUGGAAAGGAAAAGCCGGUGUUCCCUUGUCAGGUUUGUGGUCGAGAAUUCAAUCGUAAAGAUAAUUUACGUGAACAUCUUAGGGCUCAUGCAGGACAAACCAAAAGAAAAAAGAUAUUUUCAUGUGAUUCAUGUGCAAUGGAGUUCUGUGGCACUAACCUGCUCCAGAUGCAUAAGAAAAUUCAUUCUGGAGAGAAACAAUAUUGUUGUGACUUCUGUCCUAAGAGGUUUUCAUCUAGUGGUGCUAUGAAAAAACAUAGGAGAACUCAUACUGGAGAAAGACCUUUUGAAUGUUCAACGUGCGGUAAGAGAUUUGGUGCUAAAGAGACUCUAAACCGUCAUGUCAGAAUUCAUACUGGAUUCAAACCUCACGAGUGUCAAUAUUGUGGUAAACGGUUUAUACAAUCUUCUCAAUUAAGAUCUCAUCUAUUUUACCAUACUGGUCAAUCAGUUCUUCUACCACCAGAGAUUUUCGUUUGCGAACUUUGUGGAAAAUCAUUUAACAGAAGGGCACGAUUGAAUGAACACACUAAGUUUAUUCACCUUGGUGCUAAACCAUUUGAAUGUGACCAGUGUCCUAAAACAUUUAUUAGAAAGGAAGAUCUCAAUCGUCAUCUGAUCAUUCAUUCUGGGGUGAAAGCCCACAAAUGCCCAAUCUGCACCAAGUCAUUUGCAAUGAAAUCUUCUCUUAAAGUUCACCUUCUUACUCAUACUAAGGAACCUCCACGAUCAUGUGAUGAAUGUGGUCGUGCAUUUAUCAGACAAGAUUGUCUCCUUCGCCAUAUGAGAAACAAACACCGAGACAUGCUGGAAGAAAUCAGAACAGAAGCCGAAAAGAAAAAAUUGCAGCAACAACUGUUGCAGGUUGCUGCAGAGGCCAGUUUAGUAGACGGUUUAGAAGAAAAAGGAGAGCUGGAUGAGCGUGGUCUCACAGAAGCUGUCUCAGAAUUGCUUACCCUGCUUGUGGAUGAAGCUACGUUAGUUGGUCUAGGUUGGCCUUCAGAAGGAGUCGAGUCACUUUUGGAGUCUGUGAUAAAGCGAUGUGGCCAUGAUCCAGCACCCCGCUCCACACCGUCCCAUGAAAGACUGAGGCACAAUGUUAAGCUACUCUUUACUGUGGUCAUUGAUGAUUCUGCAGUUAAAGCACUCCUCAACAACCAAACAAUUGAUCAAGUCAUACUACAUGUUCUUAGACUGGCAAAAUCAUGAGGUUCCUUUCUUUUAAAUGUAUAAAGUGAUUCUUCUUUUCAAGAAAAUGCUUUGACUGAGAGAAUAACUUUUUAUUUUGUUUUAAAGUUUAAAGUGUUACUAAGUGUGAUAAUUAAAAUAAAAAGAAAUGUGUAAAUAUUUUCAUUGAAGCAAUAAUCGAUAAAGAGAUAAAAAAUAUAUAUUUUGUUAUUUCUGUUGCCCAUUUUUAUAUUUUAUAUUAGCAAUUCAAGCAGCUACCAUUUGAUUGUAAACAAAUUUUAUAAAUCUCGUUGAGGAAGCCUAAUCCUAAUACACUUAAUGCAGAAAAUAAAAAUUAUAUACUUGUAACUGAAGUAAUUGUUUGAAAUUAUACUUAUUCAAUUCAUACCAUAUUUAGCACCAUUUUUAAUAUUUAACUAGUGAUGAUGAUUUAAUUGCUUUUAUAAAAAUAUAUAUUACCUAAUCAAAUUUGAAAUUAUUUUAUGAUAUAUUUAUAUAUAUAUAUAUAUUGAUUUAUAUGGGGAUAUUAUUGUUAAAAAGUGUAUCUUAUUUUUUAUGUUUUUGGAUAAAUAUAAUAAAAUCAUAAAGUUUAGUUGCUUGUACAAUAAGGAUAUAAUUUAUUAUAGUAAUUAAGAUUUUUUGAACAUGUUUUACUCUAUGUUGUUCCAUCUAAAAUAAGCUAUGACUGAAAUAUAAAUUUGUUUAUUGAAGUGUGAUCUCACUUCAAGUUCAAAACAUAUUAUUAAUUGUUUUUUUUUUAAAUAAAAUUCAAAGUGAGUCAAUUAUUAAAAUAUUAAGAAUAAAUAUUAUUUUAUUUUAAACAUAGGAAUUUUUUUUUUAAUUUUACAAUGGUCUGCAUUUACCCAUGUGGGUCAAGAGCGGCUUGUAGGGAUGUAUUUAUAAUUGUAAAUUUUACCUUAAGCAAUAAUUAUGAUAUUAUAUCUCUUUAAAAUAAUAAUAAUAGUUC